CUAGAGACCUUAGGUAUGCGAGCGCGUCAGAAUGGGAAGGCCCGGGCCCAGUCGCCACCUCCUCCUCCUCCGUCCGGUCGUCGCUGCAUUUUCCGCCACCGCCGCCGCCGCCUCCUCUCCUCUGCCGCCGAGGUCGUAGGAGCUCGGUUUCGCGUUCUGCCACACUGCAAGUUCACCAUCCUGGUCUUGCACAGAACCUCUGCAAGGUUCAACAGCAAGAGGGGAUUACUGAUGGCAGCCAUCCUGCCAAGAACCGCGCUGCUGCUGCGGACGCCGCGCGGCGCCGGCCGGCUCGCGCGGUUCCUCGGGGCCGGCGUGCCCGCAGCUUCAUCAUCCGAUGCUGAGACGGCGGCGGAGUUCAUGCCGUGGCGUAACGGGGGGGGCGUUCUGCACCGGGCGGCGUCCGUUGACCCCUCCGCGGUGGUGGAGGCCGGCGCCGUCGUGCACUCCGGCGCUGUGAUUGGCAAGGAGGUCGUCGUCGGGUCUGGGACCGUGGUCGGGCCUUCGGUGUCCGUGGGGCAGUCCACCAGGAUCGGGUACAAUGUUGUCUUGAGCAACUGCUCGGUGGGCGAGUUCUGCACUAUCCACAAUGGCGCCUGCAUCGGUCAAGAUGGUUUUGGUUUCUUUGUGGACCAGGAUGGACAGGUCAAGAAGAAACCACAGGAGCUUUAUGCAAGAAUUGGAGACAAUGUGGAAAUUGGUGCAAAUACAUGCAUUGACAGAGGCAGUUGGAGAGACACAAUGAUUGGAGAUGACACCAAGAUUGAUAAUCUGGUUCAGGUAUUCUCUCCCUUGCUUUAUUUAUCAGAUUCAGGCUCUUCUCUCCUUUUUUGUGAAUUGACAUCCCUCUUGCAGAUAGGUCACAAUGUGGUGAUAGGAAAGUGCUGCAUGAUUUGUGGACAAGUAGGGAUCGCAGGUUCUGCAACGUUGGGUGACUACGUAGUAUUAGGUGGUAGGGUGGCCAUCCGGGAUCAUGUCUCCAUUGCUUCAAAGGUUAGACUCGCUGCAAAUAGUUUAGCGACAAAGGACAUUCAGGAGCCUGGUGACUAUGGCGGAUUUCCAGCUGUCCCAAUAAACGAAUGGCGUCGACAAACUGUGAACUUGCGCUUAUUUUCAAAGAAACACCAUGACAGAAGAUAGUAACUCUACAAUCCCAGUGACAUCAAAUAUGUUUGUAACUUGAUUCUCUUGAAGUGAAUUUGCAAUAUCUCACUAGAGAACUAGCAUUGAAAUUGGUAUCCGAAACAAUCUUCACCAUGGAAGUUGGAUUCUUUAUUGUUUAAACUUGAAUGUAUCUACUUACUAUUAAAGACUGUCAUAGUGCUGCAGUACACAUUUACACA